AUGGCACCUGAUCUUAAUAAAAAAUUAGAAGACGAAGUUGAAAAAUAUCGACAGACACAAAAUGACAUGAAAAAGUUCGUCACUCAACAACAACAGUUAUUUGUGACAAAAACCGAGAAUGAAUUUGUUAAACAAGAAUUCGAAAAUCUUGAUUCGGAUGCUACGGUUUAUAAACUCGUUGGUCCUGUUCUCGUUAAACAAGAACUAAGCGAAGGCAAAGAAACAGUUGAGAAACGGCUUGUCUAUUGCGAAGGUGAACUAAAACGAUUAGCAACAUUAAUGAAAGACACAGAAAAGAAGCUAGAAAUUCAUCGUGAAGUUAUCGCAAAGAUUCAACAACAAAUCGCAUCAAAUAAAUAA